AGCAGACUGAGCUGAGCUUUACAAACACAGCGAGCAGAGAACAUUAAAGCAGCUCCUAACCUGUGCGUUUCGUCGGUUUUGUUUCGAAGAAAGGCGUUUUUCUGAGGUGAUGAGGAUGUUGGGCAUGUAUGUGCCGGACAGAUUCGUGCUGAAGUCCUCUAAAGUUCAGGACGGGAUGGGGCUGUACACUGCCAGAGCAGUCCACAAGGGUGAGAAGUUUGGACCAUUUGCAGGUGAAAAGCGGAUGCUGAGUGACUUGGAUGAAAGCAUGGAUCCACGACUGAUGUGGGAGGUUCGAGGGAAUAAAGGUGACGUGCUGUAUAUCCUAGACGCUAGUAACCCUCGCCAUGCUAACUGGCUUCGCUUUGUUCAUCAGGCCCCUUCACAGGAGCAGAAGAACCUGGCCGCCAUUCAGGAUGGAGAGAAUAUUUUCUAUCUGGCUAUUGAUGACAUCGAGACGGAUACAGAGCUUCUGAUUGGCUACCUGGACAGUGAUAUGGAGGAGGAAGAGGAGGACCUGGAGGAAGACCAGGACAUCAAAGAUGAAGAUGGGAACAGUAAAGAGAGCAAACACAUCAGUGCAGAAACAGAGCUGGUGAUUAAGAAGGAAGAUUACCCGUGUCUGCUGUGUGAGAGCAGCUUCCCCAGUGAAGAAGUGUUAGCUGAACAUCUUCAGAGCCUUCAUCAGAGAGGAAGUACAGAGGACAAAGAGUUCAAAUGUCACUCCUGCGGAAAAGAGUUUCCUGUCAAACAGGCCCUGCAGCGCCAUGUUCUUCACUGUAUAGAGAGCUCCGCUUCAUCAGGAGAUCCUUCGAAAGCUCAUCAGUGUGUCCUGUGUCACAUCACCUUCUGUUCAGAGUCCAGUUUUGAGCAGCAUAAAGAGGUGUGUAAAGGAGACGGUCGAUUCAUCUGUAAGGCCGAGAGCUGUGGAAAAAGAUUCAGGAGUAAAGACGCCCUGAAGAAACACAAAGGCAACGUCCACACAGAUGUUUUCGUCUUGGUGUUGUACUUCAUGCUGAACCAGGAACUGAUUCAUGCAGUGCUCGCAGGAAGUUGGUAUGCACCAUCUGUAAUAAGAAAUGCUCAUCCUCACUCAACCUGCAGGAGCACCGCAAGGUCAGAUCAUCCCUCCAUAAAUCUCCUCUUAUCCGCUCUACUAGCUCAGAUGUCAUCGGAUUAA